CGUGCCGGUGGGGCUGGGACUCUUAUAUUAUUAAGUUAAUUAUACACCGCCAGUAUUUGGGCGAAUUUUCGAAGUAAAUGGCCCCCGUUACAAACAUUAACCAAAAUUAGGGCGCCUCAAUCAAAGAGGGCUACUGGCGAUUCACUACUGGGAAUGAAGGCCAAGGCAAGGUGCACGACAGAUUUAAUGGCAUGUCCGAGGCCCUUAAAAGGACAAUUCCAAACCAUCUAUGUGAUAACCUCGAUAUCGUUAUAGUCGGUAUAAGCCCUGGUCUCUUUGCGGCAUACAAGGGACAUCACUACGCUGGACCCGGAAAUCGUUUCUGGAAGUGCCUGUACUUGGCUGAACUCACGCAGGAGCAAAUGAGCGCGGAUGAGGAUCACAAGCUGCUUAAUCACGGCAUUGGCUUUACAAAUAUGGUGGCGCGUGCCACAAAAGGCUCGGCUGACUUGACCAGAAAAGAAAUCAAGGAGGGAAGCCGAAUUUUGCUCGAAAAACGGCAAAGAUUCCGCCCCAAAGUUGCCGUUUUCAAUGGCAAACUGAUAUUCGAGGUCUUCUCGGGUAAAAAGGAAUUUCACUUUGGUCGUCAACCUGAUCGUGUCGAUGGCACUGACACUUACAUUUGGGUGAUGCCCUCAUCAUCAGCACGAUGCGCUCAGCUGCCACGCGCCGCAGAUAAAGUUCCCUACUAUGCGGCGCUAAAGAAGUUUCGUGACUUUCUGAAUGGUCUUAUACCCAACAUUGAUGAGUCGGAGUGCGUAUUCACAGAUCAGCGCAUACGUCAAUGCAGUGAGCAGCAGCAGCAGCACAUAUAAGACCUAUUGUGCCAUCUCCUAACAAUGUAAAUGAACGUGGAACGUUUGCAUAUACUGGCGGUGAUAAUACCAUAAGAAAUGUUCCAAACACCACUACCA